AGCAUUAAGCGGAUGCUGACAAACAAGAUUUAUCGUACUGGGAAGGGAAAGCUUUAAGAUGGUAUUGGUUUAUAAGAACUGCCAAUUAACUGACAGGAUCAUACUCUUUAACUGGUAAACAGAGGACAAGCUAUCAGAAAAAAGCAGGGACAUUCAAUUACUGUGCUAAUUCAAUUUCAGCCUUGAAAUAUCUCAUUUUUUUCUUCCUCUCUGGUCGCCGAUUUCUGCACUAGCAUGGAAACUGAGAAUAUGUCACUGUCAACCGCAGCGAUGGACAUUUUGAUCAACGAUAGCGUAUCCCCUCGCUCUAAUGGAACUAUGAUGCGUUCUCAAUCUGAAUUUGACCAGAAGGGAUAUAUAAGAAUUUCACUGUACAGUAUUAUUUUCAUAUUAAGUGUUGUAGGAAAUGGACUAGUGAUACUAACCUUGGCGCAGAACCACAGGAUGAGGACUGUUACAAAUGUGUUUCUGCUAAACCUCAGUAUCAGCGACCUUCUCCUGGCCGUAUUCUGUAUGCCAUUUACCAUCAUUCCGCAAUUAAUGAGAAAAUUCAUAUUUGGAGAAUUCAUGUGCAUUACCAUUCGAUAUUUUCAAGCUGUCUCGGUAGGAGUAAGUUGUUUCACUCUCGUCACGAUCUCGCUGGAGAGGUACUUCGCCAUUGUUGAACCAUUGAGGUCACGUCGCUGGCAGACUCGAUCCCACUCUUACAAGUGCAUCAUGGGAAUAUGGUGUGUGGCCUUCACCUUGAUGAUUCCAAUCGCUGCUUCACAGGAUCUCAUACGCGUUGGACACAGAAAACACUAUGCUUGCCGAGAAAUUUGGCCGGAGAAGCUGAAGAAAGUUGAGAUUGUGUACAGCGUUAGCUUAUGUGCCAUUUUGUUUAUCGUACCGCUGUUCAUUAUGGCGCUGGCUUAUGGGAGAAUUGCGUACCGAUUGUGGGCUGAUAUCACCCAACAGUUCAGUGACAAUGCGGAGGGGGUCCAAAGUAAACUAUCUGUUACAUCCAAGAAAGAAGAAGAAAACACCCCAAUGUCCACUCCACUUCGAUGUCAACAGAAAAAUGGCGACCACAUUAGCUUACGUCAUUCAAACAUGCGUCACAGUAUAUCAAGCAGACGACGGGUGAUCAAAAUGCUGUCUGUAAUUGUGCUGGAGUAUUUCGUCUGCUGGACCCCACUGUACGUAUGUAGCACGUGGAUGAUAAUUCACUACCCAUCCAUCCAUGACCGCGUGUCCAAUCUUGCAUGGGGCUUGAUGCUUCUUCUGGCCUAUGUGUCAUCGUUCGUGCACCCCGUCACUUACUGCUUCAUGAACAAAAACUUCCGAAAGGGAUUCGUAUCUGUUUUCAAGUGUUUUUUAAAAAGUCGACUGACGUCACAGACUGAGAUGAGCAAUAUGAUGGCGACUUCCUCCCCUACCGUGCGGUUUCAGUCUACGGAGUACACACGAGUCCAGUCUAUAGACUGAAUAAACAAUUUAGAACUCAACAACACACCACGGGAGUCCAUUCUAUAGACAUAAUAGACAAUUUAGAACCCAACAACAUACCACGGGAGUCCAUUCUAUAGAUAAUUUAGAAUCCAACAACACACUACACGGGUCCAGUCUAUAGACAAUUUAGAAUUUAACAACACAUUACACGGAUCCAGUCCAUAGACAAAAUAGACAAUUUAGAACUUAACAACACAUCACACGGGUCCAGCCUAUAGACUAAAUAAAUAAUUUAGAAUUUAACUACAUAACACGAGAGUCUAGUCUACAGGAUUCUAGUUUAUAGACUAAAUUUAUUAAACAUCUCCAUCAUAUAAGCAUGUCCCAAUCUAGACACUAUAGACAUCAAUAAGUCAUCAACACACCACAGGGUUUUCCGCUUUAUAAACUGAAUGUGUAGACUGAAUAUCACCCUCAUACCACAAGGAUUCAGUAGAAGACUAAAUUCAUCAACAAACCACAAAGGUUCGGUCUGUAGACUAGAUGUUUAGAACAAACUAUGUACUGUAUAAAACUUCUGUCUAUAGACUAUCAUAAAAGUAUCGACACGCCAGAGAAGAAUCGGGGGUGACGUCGGUAGACAACGUUGUAUAUAUACUCAUCAAAUCACGUCAAAGUGUAAUGUUGUUGGAGUAUGUGUCUAUGAUGUGUCUAUGAUGUAGAGAAAUCAGAUAUAGUGAGUAUACAUGUACGUAUCUAAAUAUUUUAUUAAAUAAAUCAAAACAUACGUCA